AUGGACGAUCUCAGCGUUGAAGUAGGACAUCCAAAUGGUGCCUACUACAAAGCAUAUGUAAUUGGUAUGGAUGAAAGUGGUGUCGAUGUUAAAUAUGAUCAAGAUUUUUUCCCUCCAACAAAAAUUCCAUUUUCCGAGAAUCGCCUUCGACUUCCGCCUGAAUCUAUUGAUCUCAAAAAAUUAUCACCUGGAGAUCAAUGCGAAGUACUCUCUAAAGCUAAAGAAGAUGAACCACUUGGUUGGUGGCCAGCCAUUGCUAAGAUGUUUAAAGGUGACUUUUUCGUUGUUGAUUAUAAAGUUAGUGCUCAAGGUGCCAGUUAUUCGGAUAUUGUAUCUAGUGAUAAAAUCCGUUGUCCAAAUACAAAUCCUCCAAUAACUACUGCAUCAUUUAAACGAAUAGAAUUAUCCGUUGGCAAAGAUAUUCGAGAAGUAUGUAGCAAUCCAGCAAAUCAUAAAGAUUUUAAACGAACAACAGGUGCUGCUGUUGUUCGAUAUGAUGAACAGAAAGAAUCACUUAUUGUCAUCUCAGAUAACGAUGCUACUCUUCGUCGUGCUCAAAUCCUAUCCGAAAUGCAUUUUCGAAAUUUACGUUCAAAAGCUAAACUUGUACAAGAAACUGAAAAAGUUUCGAAGCAACUUGAACUUAUGAAAGUUAAUCAGACAGAAAAAUAUUUCGAAAAAUUUACUCUUAAAAAUGAUUUAAUGGGUCUUGCUAUUGGUACGCAUGGUUCAAAUAUAUCAAAAGCACGAGAGGUACCCGGUAUAACAGGAAUUGAGGUUGAAGACGAUACUUGCACAUUUAAAGUAUUUGGUGAUUCAGAAAAAUCUGUUAAAGAAGCACGUAGUUUACUUGAAUAUAUUGAAGAUACUGUAACAAUUCCUCGAGAACUUAUUGGUAAAGUUAUUGGUAAAAAAGGACAUAUUAUCCAAGAAAUUGUUGAUAAAAGUGGAGUUAUUCGCGUUAAAAUUGAAGGUGAUAAUGAACAAUCAACAACACGAGAUGAAAAUACUUAUCCUACGCAAGUUCCAUUUGUUUUUGUUGGUACUGUUGAAAGUGUUACUAAUGCAAAAGUUUUACUUGAUUAUCAUAUGUCCUGUUUAAAGGAAUUUGAUGAAUUACAAGAAAAAAAAAUUCAAGUUAAUGAACAAUUUCGUACUAUUAUUGGUCCACAAGGUCCUAAUGUAAACACAACGAUUAAUAAUUCAGGUUAUCAAGGUGGACGUUCACAACGAUACGAUUCAGAUCGAAUGAAUAAUUCAGCGAAUACACGUAAUUAUCAUGAUACAGGCUAUCAACAACAACAACAACAACCACGUAAUGAUAAUUAUAACAGUCAACAAACACGUCGAUCAAAUAAUUAUCCAACUGGAAAUGGUAAUCGUGGACGUCGAGGUGCCGGUACAAAUGCAUAUCGUACUGGUCCGCAAGGCGAAACUGGUACGUUUAAUGAUAGCAUGAGAUUUUGUAUAGGCUUUAUUAUGUUUUUUUCUCAUGAAAACAAAUUUUAUUCCGUUAUAACAGUUACAGAAAUGAUAGCAGUUCUCCCCGACGAUAAAACGAAUGAGCUUAUUGAUUGUUCAUCGUCGACAAUUACUGUCACUCGAAAACAUCGUAGCUGGGCAGAUCAGGUUGAAAGUGAAGACGAAGAAGAAGAAAUGUCUGCUAAUCGUAUUGUUACGAUGUCACAACCGAAACCUACUAUGAAACGAGGAGGACAACGUCGCAGACGAAACGGACGGAACCGUGUUAGAUUAGCACAUGGUGAAAGAGGUUAUACUGAACGACGACGAGAUAAUGAUGAUGAAAAUGUUUCAUAUGAUACACAAGAGACAAAUGAAGGUCAACAACAGUAUAACGAUCCAUCAUCAUCUUACCGUAAUAAUAAUAAUAACAACAAUCGAUAUAAUAAUAAUCGUGGUUCUCGUGGUCAACGAGGUGGUGGAUACAAUAGAAAUUAUAAUAAUAACCCAAGCGAAUAUUAUGAAGAUAGUUAUGGAUAUAGCGGACAGUCACAACAAAAUUCAACAUCAAGAAAAUCUCAACCAUCAUCAUUACACAAUAAUAAUAAUGGAAUAGAUUCAGCUAAUGGAGCAACAUCACCCAUAAAUGAAACAGUUAAUGGUAAUGGUAAUGAUAAUAAUAUAACAAAAGGACAAAAAACGACUAAACAUCAAAGUAAUGGUCUUAAAUAA